CUGACGUGCUCCGCAAACGCCAAUUUGCGGAGAAGCAAAAUCAUUCGUUGGAAUUUUGUGCACAGCAAUAGCAAAGCCCCAGGCUCCGGCUGCUGUCGUACAUACGUCUGAGUGGGGCUAUAUUUGGGGGGUGGGGGGGUUAAUAGUUCAUGUGCUGAGAAUGGCGAGGUGUACAAGCGGCGUCUGCAGAGCGGCGCUGAGCGCGCUGCUUCUUCUUAGCGCCCGCUGCUCCUCGACUCCUGGCCCGAAGAACAAAGCCGAUGACAAAACGUCCUGUCACGGAGCUUUCGAUCUGUACUUUGUCUUGGAUAAAUCAGGAAGUGUUAUGAACCACUGGAGUGAAAUAUAUUCUUUUGUCGAAGCUCUUGCUGAAAAAUUUUUGAGUCCCCAGCUGCGGAUGUCUUUUAUUGUUUUCUCUUCAGUAAGUAGAACCUUGAUGAAGCUGACCGCAGAUAGGGAAACUAUACGCAAAGGUCUUACUACCCUACGAAAGGAAGUACCUGGGGGGGAUACAUUCAUGCAUGAGGGUAUCAUAAAGGCUACUGAACAGAUUUACCAUGAAAACUACUCAGGGGUUCGAGCUGCUAGUGUCAUCAUUGCAUUGACAGAUGGGGAAUUGAUUGACAAGUUGUAUGACCGUGCACAAGCAGAAGCUGAAAGAGCUAGAAGCUUUGGAGCUACAAUUUAUUGUGUUGGUGUGAAAGAUUUCAAUCAAACACAGUUAGCCAAAAUUGCUGAUAGCAUCGAUCACGUGUUUCCAGUAACGGGUGGAUUUGAAGCAUUAGGAAGCAUUAUUGAUUCGAUUCUUAAAAAAUCUUGCAUUGAAAUUCUAGCAGUUGAACCAUCAAGUGUCUGUGCAGGAGAAUCUUAUCAGGUUGUGAUAAGAGGAAAUGGAUUCUCCCAUGCACGAGAUAUUGAUCAAGUUCUUUGUAGCUUUAAGAUAAAUAACACAAAUGUGAUAACUGAGAAGCCUCAUGCUGUGACCGAUGAUUAUUUACUCUGCCCUGCUCCAGUAAUAGAUGAAGUUGGCAUGGUGGUUUACCUGCAAGUGAGCAUGAACCAGGGGUUAACAUUCAUCUCCAGUUCUGUCAGUAUCACCAGCACACAUUGUUCUGAUGGAACAAUCCUUCUAAUUGCACUAUUAGUUUUGUUCCUUCUGUUGGCUUUGGUCCUGCUGUGGUGGUUUUGGCCAUUAUGCUGCACUGUGGUAAUUAAGGAACCACCACCUCCCCCAGUCUAUCAAGAUGACUCUGAUGAUGAAUCCAUGGCAAAGAAAAAGUGGCCAACAGUCGAUGCAUCAUACUAUGGAGGAAGAGGAGUGGGUGGCAUUAAAAGAAUGGAGGUGCGAUGGGGUGAUAAGGGUUCAACAGAAGAAGGUGCAAAAUUAGAAAAACCAAAAAAUGCAGUCAUCAAGAUGCCAGAUCAAGAGUUUGAACUGUUGGAUCCAAAGCCUUACAAACCUCGGCCUUACAGACCACCACAGCAGAGAAAAUGGUAUACACCAGUUAAGGGGAAAUUGGAUGCCUUGUGGGCUCUUUUUCGCAGAGGAUAUGAUCAAGUAUCGUUGAUGAGGCCACAGCCUGGAGACAAGGGUCGCUGCAUUAACUUUACCAGAGUAAAAGAAAAUGCAACCCCUUCUCCUUCGCACAAUGUUGCAGCUGCUCACGUGCCACCUCCGUACAAUGAAUGUGUUCCUUUAACCCGUGAACCUCCUAGCCCUCCUGCUACAUCAGCCAGGUCAUCUGUGAGGAGCCCACCUCCUGGACCACCACCAUCUCGUGCACCUCCUCCUUCGCGACCUCCCCCUCGCCCUGCAGUAAGAGCCUGACCUCACAAGAUUUCUGCUGGUACAAAAAGAAUAUCAUUGAGAUUGAAAGGCAUGGCUAAAUGGAUAAGUACUACUGAACUUCAAGCCAAAUAUUUAUUAAAUUUAUAGGCUUCUUACAAAAUGUUAAAUCUGUUGCUGUGCAGCAAGUUUCCAUCUGGAGAACCCUAAUGAGUAAAACAUCACUCUGGAGAUAACGAUAACAUUGUGUUCAUUAAUGUGCUUUUUAUUUGAAUGAGUUAGUGAGUUCCUGUUCUGUUAUAAAAUUCAUUUUAUUUUAUAAGUCUUGCAUUUUUACCUUCUGCAAAUGUUUAUAACCAAGCAGAAUUUUCAUUAUUUUUGAAAGUUAACAUUGAUUAAAGAUCAAUGGUUUAAAAAAAUCAUUAACAAAUACCUUAUUAAUUUGAUAUUCAAGUAGACACUUUUCUUGAACUCUCUUAGUGACCAUAUGUAUCAUCUGCUAUAAAAUUAUAAAGACCUUCAAAUUUCUGCAUAGACCGAAUCCAGAACAUUGGUCAUGGAAAAAUAUUGGAAAAUGUGGAAGAAUUAUGCCCCUUUCUGCACUGUUAUGCCAAUGUUCAUAUAGCAUUCAAAUUUCCAGUCAAUAUUAAUAGCGAAUGAUGAAACAAAAAAUGGCUCUAAAUUAACACCAACAAUUUGCGCACAAGCAGCACAUUUAACAACAGCAUUGUUAAGAGCUUUUGCUCAAGGGAUUGUUUAAGUUCUUAACACUUAGUUUAAAAUUUAGAAUUUUAAUUUAGAAUUUAAAAUUUAAAAUUUAAAAUUUACUUCCAUAAAAGUGUGUCCAAAGAAAUAAUAUGAUUUUUGAAAAGCUUAAGAAACUACAUGAGAGCUGUGCCCUACUUAUAAUUGGAAGUUACCAUCUGAAUAUAGAAACUCAGUUGUGAGGUUUUGUAACUAUUAUUAUGUAAUAAUAUAAAUUUGGUGUGUAUUAAUGCUUGCAUGCAUGUUUCAGCGUUGCUCACAUACCCACAAUCCUUACGGUUGUGUAUUGGCUUCACACACUCAUUACUGAAUUGCUGGGUGAAAACAAGAAAUUCCAAGCCUUGACAAAGUUAUUUAAUUGGUUAAUAUGAUUACAUUGACCUAAGUGUGUGAUUUCAUGGUCAAUGAGCAUUGGGUAACUAGGCCCUUGUUUAUUAUUUACAUUUAAAGAUAAAUGUUCUGAGAAAGUGAAGCCAUGGUGAGUGUGAAGGUUCUCAAGCAUAAUUAAUGUAAUGAAAGCGAUAGGUUGGUUGACCAGUAGAAAGGUUCUAAAGUUGCUGGUUGAUGCAAUAUAACAAAGAUUGACCUCUUAACUGAUUAAUUCACUGAACUCUCAACUGCAAUUUCGCUUAUACUUGACUUCAUUUGUACAUAGGAAGUAACCCUAAACAUUGCUCUGUCUGAACAAUAGUCCUAAUCUAGGGAGUAUUCUUGCUGUCCUUGAAUUUAAAAUGUUGCAGAUGGACGAUGAAGAAAUGUGUGCAGGUUGUGACCUAAGAUUUUCUUUUCUUCUGAUAAAUAAUUUUGAACAUGCUCUUCUCAUGGAAUUUAUUAGCCAAUUACUAAAUAGCAGGAUUGUCCUAUGACAAGAUAUACAUAACAAUUUUAACCAUGGGUAAUAGCUCAUAGAAAACAUUUAAAAAUUAAUUAGAAUUUUGGAAAUGCUUAUCUGCUGGUUGGUAAACACUUUAUAGUUAUUUCAAUGUUAAUUCUAAGAGGCCAGACCCUUUUUCUGACCACAUUCAAUUGUAUAAUUCUGAUUACUUAUUUCCUUCCUUACAAAUACCAUUAUUUUAUUUCUUUCAGGGUACAGUUACAUUUUGGCAACAUGUAACAAUAUCUAUUGUAGUGUUUUAUAAACAGAUGAAAUAGUGAAACCCAUCCUGGUAAAGAAAAUAUUGUAAGCUUUUGUGCUAAUAGAGAAAAAAAAAUCAAGUUUUACUGCAGGGCAGUUAAAUGUAUUAAUUUACCAAACUGUGGUCUAGAUGUAGGUACUCGAAUCUAAGUUGGCCACUAAAUCGUCAAGAUGCUAGAUGCAUAUAGUAGUUAGUAGAGCAAGCUUCAUUGAGCUUGACUAGGACAUGAAUAUUUUACUUUUCCAUUUAGUAUAUAGACUUCGUUAGUUCUUAAUUGUUAGCUGAAACUUGUGAUUUUGUUUGACAUUGGUUAUUUCAUGGAACAAUUUAGUGAGCAGGUGAAUAGGUCGGGUGGUCAUAAAUUGAACAACACCUCUAGAAAGGAUUGCAUUCACAUUUCAGUAGUAUGAUUGCUCAGUUUAAUAGAAUCAUCACAAAGAAAAUAGGAUUCACUAUGAAGCGGACAAAUCACUACGCUGAUGCCCAGGUUCGGGCAGUUUGUGGAACAUAGAGCAAAGGGAUUAAAUAUCCUCAGCACUGGUAGUGUGCCAUUUGGGCUAUUACUUGGUUACAUGGAAAAUGCUGCCUGGAGUGGUGGUAAAUACAGAUACAUUAGGAACAUUUCAGAGACUCUAAGACAGGCACAAGGGUGAUAGAGAAAUGGAGGGCUAUGUGGGAGAGAGAGGUUAGAUUGAUCCCAGAGUAAGUUAAAAGAUCAGCGCAGCAUCGUGGGCCAAAAGGCCUCUACUGCACUGUAAUCUUUUAUGUUCUAAUAGACCAGUUUUAUGUGAUUCUUUAUGUUUUUAAUGUCUGUGAUUGCCUGAUUAAUGUCAGAAUUGCAAAUUCAAAUCCAUAUUCAAAAGAGCUCGCUUGAUCGCCAUUGUAUUUUAUAAUUUUUACCAAAGCAAACAAAAUGAUAAAAAGAAUUGAGAAACAGAACUGUAGCUGGAGAAGGUUAGAAACACAUGGCAGACCAGGACUGAUGUGUAAAUAUUUUGAGUGGAUCUUUCAAUUUCUGAUCUGUUACGUAUUUCAAACAUUUUCUGAUUUUUGUCUUACUGCUUGAAAAUGCGGCAACUGAUCAAAAUAGCAUGUAUCAAUUGUUUCAUUUAAUCUCCAGGACAAAGCUGGGUUUAAGUGAAACAACAUCUAAUUGCAAACAUAUCAAAAAUACAUAAUUUUGUACUUCCAACCUGUGGGAUCCUCACCAAUAAUAAGAAUGUCUAUUACAUAAACAGAUAGUUUGACAUCAUACAGAAGUAUUCUGUUAAUAGUGAAGUAGCAAAAUAAUGUUUCAUACUUGCAUUGACAUCAAAUAGUUGUAAUUGUGUAUCAAUGAUGAUAAGUUUGUACUUUUUUUCCUUUUGUCUGUAAUGUCUGUAAUCACUAAUAAACUACAAAUCUUUUAUGUAAAAUUACACACUGCUUUUUGUUUGGAUAAAAAGAUUAUAAUUAACUUAUAAACACAAGAGAUUCUGCAGAUGCUGGAACUCCAGAGUAACACACACAAAAUGCUUGAGGAACUCAGCAGUUCACGCAGUAUUAAUGGAAAGGAAUAAACAGUCGAUG